GGGUUCAUGGCCUGAAAUCAUUUGUAAAAGAAAAAGAAACUAACUCUUGCGCACACUUUCUUUUUUGUUAAGACUUUAUAAAUGUCCAAGAUGGUGAUGUCAGCUUCCUGACUUCAUAAAUAGUGUGGACAGGAGUGAGUUUCUUUUUCUUUUACAAAUGAUUUACCAAAGGGGAUUUGCCAUUCCCAGCCCAACCACCUAAGACAAGUAGUGUGCAUGUUGAUCUCUUCUAGAAGCUUCAUGGUCUGAAGCCAGAAAAUACACAAAUACCAGUUAACUCCAAAGCAUCAAGUACAGUGCAUUCAUUUACAAUAAUAAAAAUAUCCAUUUUUAUAUUGAGCCAGUACUUCUUUCCUUGAGAAAUAGUUCCAGCUGAAACCCAUAUUAAAAUCAUUUGUGUAAUAAUAUGGUAAUAUGUACAUACAGCUUCUGGAGGCAUAAUGUUGCCGUACAAGCCUUGCUUUGGAGUUAUCUGUAUUUUCUUGCUUUACACCCAGCAGCAUAGCCAGACAUAUCAUAUACUUGGGCCUGCAUAGAGGAUCCUGGGUGGGCUUUCACAAUGAGGUGUGGUGGUUCAACCAAGGUAAAUCUGUGGGCCAGGAUACUAUCUGGGGGUUCAUCGCCCACCCAUGCCUAUGCCAGGUUUUAGACCAUAAACCCCACAAUGCCUUGUGGGCCACCUGCCAUUAUGAAGCCAGCAGGUUUUCAGCAACUUCUGUGAGUAUCUAAAAUAUCCUCCUCUGCACACAAAACCUUUCUGAGCCAAUUGAAAACAUAAUUUAAACAACAUUAAAAUGCUCAGAAAGUGGCAAGUGAUCUGUCCCUUUAAUGUGAAUGAAACCUGCCUCACUGGUGUUUGUAUGGCAGGUCUACAAGGCUGGCAUACUUACUGUAGGAGAAGGGCUGAACAAUGACUGUGGGCUUUGACUGGGAAUCACAGAGAAUGGAAAUAUUCAUCCUGUAAUGGUCUGUUUCCCCAUAUUAUUAAACAGUCAAACUGAAUUAUUGUUUGCCUGCAACGAAACAGCUGCUCAGAGAUGGUUUACUGGAUCUGUCUUCUUGACCACGGUGAGAAACACAGGCAUGUAUUGAUAAGUACGCACGCACACGCACGUACACACACACAUGCGUACUUAACUCACACGCACACAACUCGUGUAAAUGUUGAAGAAAGCCCUGUCUGGGCAGAUGAACUUUCUGAAUUCCUGCAAACAGCAGUUUGUAAUGUCAUUCGUUGCCUCGUUUUAAGUCAGAAGUAGUAGGAAUACUGGCUGCUUCGAACAAACAGUGUUCUAUGCCGGAUGAGCGGAACUAAAGAUGAAAUGGUAGUUAGCCGUAAGCAAGUGCCAGUGUGGAGACUACCAACCCACCAGUAGAAAGAGCCUUUUGUGAAACGGGGAUUGUGACGUCAAAUGACCUCUAUAAAGCCAUAAAUUCAUAUUCUAGAUAAAAUAACACAACGUGAAGAAGGUUCCCUGUGUCUUCUUCAGAUUCCUUUAAAUGCAUGACUAAUCAGGUUGUUGCCUUUAAGACGUGCAGCAAGCAAAUCUUCUCCUUUUUUUGAGCUUGUUAUUUUCAUAUCCAAUGCUCCAUUUGACUAGUCAGGCAAAGGGAAUAUCUUAAUACCGACAUACAAACGGAAUAUACAUAUUUCAAUAUGCUGGAGAUGCUUGAAUACAACCAUUAUCAGGUGCAGACCCACCUUGAAAACCCCACCAAGUACCACAUCCAGCAGGCCCAGCGGCAGCAGGUGAAGCAGUACCUGUCCACCACUCUGGGCAACAAGCUCACAAACCAGGCGGUCAGCUUGCCCUGCCCCAACCAGCCCUCCGAGCACGGGAUGCCCCCGGGGCCGGGAAACAGCGCCCCUAACAGCCCAAUGGCCUUACUGACUCUUAACUCCAACUGUGAGAAAGAGAUGGACGAUGUCAUUGAUGACAUUAUUAGCUUGGAAUCAAGUUACAAUGAUGAUAUCCUGGGACUUAUGGACCCUGGUCUUCAAAUGACCAAUACGCUUCCAGUAUCUGCCAACCUUCUUGAAAUGUACGGCAACCAGGGGCUACCCCCACCUGGCCUAGCCAUUAGCAACUCCUGCCCCGCUAACCUAAACAACAUCAAAAGGGAAUUCUCAGUUAACCCAGCUCCUGCCAUGAUGCACGUUCUGGACAAGCCUGGAUCCUGUGGCAAGUUUGAAAACUAUCAAAGGCCUGAAGGGUUUCCCGUAGAAGCUGAAGUCAGAGCUCUUGCCAAGGAGAGGCAGAAGAAAGACAACCACAACUUAAUUGAGAGGAGGCGACGGUUUAACAUCAAUGACCGCAUCAAAGAACUGGGAACCUUGAUUCCAAAAUCAAAUGAUCCGGACAUGAGGUGGAACAAGGGAACCAUUUUGAAGGCCUCUGUAGACUACAUCAGGAAGCUUCAGCGCGAGCAGCAGAGAGCCAAGGAGCUGGAGAACAGGCAGAAGAGACUGGAGCAUGCUAACAGGCACCUGAUGCUGCGGAUACAGGAGCUGGAGAUGCAGGCUCGGGCUCACGGACUGGCGGUGGUGGCCUCCUCCGCGCUCUGCUCCUCAGAACUGGCUGCUCGAGCCAUCAAGCAGGAGCCCGUCCUGGGAGACUGCAACCAGGACCUGUACCCGCACCAGCACCACUCGGCAUCGGACCUGUCCCGGCCAACCACGCUGGACCUCUCCGACGGAACCAUCAGCUUCAGCGACGGGAACGGCAGCGCCGGCGACUCCGGGGCCUACAGCACCCCUUCCAAAGUGGCCUCCAAACUGGAGGACAUGCUGAUGGACAACACCCUGUCGCCCGUCCAGGCCAGCGACCCCCUGCUGGGCUCCAUCUCCCAGGGCAACUCCAGCGACAGCAGCCGGCGGAGCAGCAUAAGCAUGGAGGAGAACGAUCGCGGGUGUUAGCGCUACCCACUAGCUCAAACUCUACUAACAUUUUACACCGUAACACCUCUGCUGCAGCGCCCUCUGCUGGUGGCAGGUAACAUCACUCCCGUGAAAUAUAUUGUCGACAAUUAUUGCAAAAAUGUCUUCCACACUCCAAGUUGAAGGUUACAGACAGUGGUGUUUUAUGCAAAUAUUUUUUACUUUACCCUUUUUAUGUUCGGGGGGGUGGGGUGGGGGAUCUGGUUUUCUUUGUUAUGCAAUCUAGUUUGGCUGUGUAACAAACUCAGUCAAGAUAUCUAAAGGAGUACUAUAUUGUCCGUAACUGAAAUGCUGACAAAGGACAAAAAUCUAACAGAAGCCUCACUUUUCAGCAAAAAAAAAAAAAAAGAAAACUCAUUAUAUCAUCCUAAGUUAUUUCUCCUAUAUAUUUUUUUAACUUAUUUGCUGUCACAAAACAAGACCACUGCACAUAUUGAUGGAAUGACUGAAUAUGACCAUAAAAGCACAACAUACAAUAGAACCAUUAUGUGCAGAAAUGCUAUUUUAAAAAAUAGAUGUUGCUUAUAUUUUUUAUUGAUUCCCAAUUCUAACCUCUUGGAAUUAGCAGUAUGUUCAUAAACAAUUAUUAUAACAAAGAUAACCUCUAUAUGCAGAUAUUGCCUUUGUUGAAUGUAAAUCUGUUCCAGAAGGUAUAUACAAUGCCUGCUAUUAAACACAUACUUACUAUUGAACUAAUUGUUCAUUUGAUCAAAACGUGCAGUACUUAAACAACAUAGAUAUUUAAUUAUGUACGGUUUGAUUAUGAAAUGUGAUUAUAACAUUUAGAAAGUGACCUUAGUUUUUUUUUUUAACUGCCAUUGAUAUUACUAAAAUUCUUUGGGGAGAAAAAACCCCUGCAAUGAUCACCAAAAAUAACUGGACUGAAAGUCAUUGUGCAUGUAUGCGCUUGUUACGUUCACAGUACUAUGUGAACAUCCCGCUGGGGGUGCAAAAGUGUAGAUCUUACAGCUACAUGAUUCCUGCAAAGAUCUGUUAGAUUUAUUUCAUUUGAACUGAAUCUACAUUCAAGUAUUCUUUCCAAAAUGAGCUCCCUGUGACCUCCCAGAAAAUGGCUACCAUGCCAUUCAGAACUUUUGUCUUGCGUAUUUAUAAAAUAAACUCAGUAGUAAAAAAAUUGACAUGCUAUUUGCCCCCACAACUGCUGCCCCUCAUUAUACACUUUAUGGAUGGUCUUUGUGAGCCUCAGGGGACCUCAGUCAUACAGGCCAAAGGUCAAAGGUCACUCGUUUUGUUACUUCUGUUUUAGCAAAUUGAAUAUUUCCAUCCUGUACUGCACAAAGCGCUUCAGGAGCUUCCAUGUGCACAGAUCCUUCAAACUGUUCCUUUUAAGUCAUUGUCAAAUAGGAAAUAUAUUUCUCUUUAGUUAAUCUGAAAAAAAAAACUGCACACGGUUACAUAUAGCAUAAUCUAAGGAUCUUGUAUAUUCUAUAUGAUUCUAUAUAACAAAAUGAAACUUGUUCAACAGAGCUGCCUCUGAGGGUGGAUGAAAAUGAACUCUUUCACAUUCUAGCGUAGCUCUCAUGACUGUACACCCAUAAGAUGGAGCCGUGGGGGGUUGUAGCUUCUUUCAGGCUCCAGCUCUUGGUCUUGACUGUCUCUGCACAUCACAAGAUGCUGCACUGCUAUUGGUUGAUGUAUUUCUGUGAUUUUAUUUGGCGUGCCCUGCUUUCAUUUUCUUGCAUGAGGUAGACCUACGGGUUAGCUGUUGCUCUGCAGACGUCCUUUACAACAUGUGUCAUGUUCUCUUGAAAGGAGGAAGCAAUACUCUGCAAAACUCUGGAAUCCCCAAGUCUGCCAUUCCAUUACUUGCUAUUUCAAAGGAUCUGUUGACUUAUAUUGCUGUAUUUGAGACUCUUAUUUUGUCUUUUAAUCAUGGAAAUAAUACCUCCUGCGAUGCUCAUUAACUCAAGAACUCCAUCUAAGGAAAGGAAAACUUCUUUCGUUGAUCUCUUCCUAACAUUUAAAUUAUUUCACGUUGUUGCACGGUGCUUUGUUUGGCAUUCCUUGCCCUCUGCCAUUGUGUUUAACGGUAGUAUUUAGGAUAUGUAUUCUUUUAUUUUAUUUUUUAAACUGUACGAGUGUUUAUAUUGUUCUGGACUAUAGGGAGACUUGUGGAUUUAAAUGUAAGAUAUUUGCAUUAGUGUUAACACUGGAAGGAAUGUUAAUUCAAGGACUGAAACAGAGAUUGGUAGACAACGUUUUGAAUAUUCUAACAAUCAUACUUAGAGUAUAUAUGUAUACAUGGUAUUGUAUGACUGAUUGUAGUUAAAUAAGUAACUAAGGCUUGAUUGCUAUAUUUCUACUGUUUAAUGUUGUUCAAGUGUAGCAAAGUAUUUAGAACUAUGCCUUCAUGACAGUAACUGUUAAAAUGUUGGAUAUAUUGGUUAGCUCUAUAUUGCAGUUUGAGGUGAAAAAGUCUCUCCAGAUAACUGUUACCUAAUAGGUGUCCUUUUUACCAAAUGACAUUGUUGUGAACGUAGUUUCGAUGCAUUAUCUACAGAACUGUAGAACUAUGCAAUUAAGAUACCGUAUUUGUAUUUGAAUAUUUAUCGUGCCUGUGUUUUACAAAGACAUUGAGAUGCCAUGCUGGAGAGUCGGAUUUUUGUGUAUACUGAAUAAUGUGAUGAAAACGACUGAGAGAGUUAGUUCAGAAUGAAGUGCCUUACAUUUCAGAAGUAGGUCUUUUUAUCUUGCACUGACUGAAGAAGUAUAGGCUUUUGUGAUGAGGAGUUCUGGUUGGUGUACUGCUCUUGCUGAUGGAUGCAGAUUGGACAGUUGUGGUGACUUUUAACCAGUCAGAUGAUUGUCGGCACGGCAGUCAGCUGAACGGCUAUGUAAUGCAAGGGAGAAAGGGACCACGCACCUUGCAGUGGUGGAAGUAGGUUCCCUUUCUACACAACACUUUUCAGUGCAUGAAAAGGUUUAAUGUGGCUUAAUCUGUAGCAAUACCCAUUAGUGUUGUCUCCCAUGACCACUGCGUUUGAGAACACUGAAAGAUACCUCUCACGAAUGUCAGUCAGGCUCCAAUAGCACGCUGGUCUCAACAUAGCCUUCAGCAUAGCCUUAAAAUACAACUAUUAAAUAAAACUAUAUAAUCUGUACAUUCACUCUUUCUCAAAGAGUGUUUCUUUUUGUCUGAAUGUGAUCUUAUAUGGACUGCCAAAACUUGUUGCCAAAAUAAAUGUGACCGAGGUGUGUAAUGCAAUAGACUACUUUAUUGAAAUAUGUAUUUUUUUUUUUUGUUUCUAGCAGAUGAUGUUACUGUUUCUUCAGGCCAUAUUGUCCAAAGUACAGUACAAAAGCAAUAGUUUCAAAGUGGUUGCAAUCAGAGACCAUGGGUAAAGCACAAAGGAUAUGCACUUACAGGGAUGUUCUCAAAAUAAACCAUGCACUGGAGCAAUGCCCUCUUGGACCCAGCACACGUCAGCCUGACGUUCACCCACCAGGUGGCGCUCACAUACGGUCUCUCUGGAGACCCCUUGGUACUGUAAGGUGAUCGAUGCCUGCAUGACCCUGAUCCAUGUCAGAUACAGAUCAGAGAUAACGCUGUUUUCUUUGAAAGUGAAUGUGGAAACAUUGUCAUGAUAGACACAUUAAAGUACAUGGUUUUCACA